GUAAAAGGCACAGUCUGAAACUCUCUGCGACACAGUCUGCCUUCCCGCCUUAGUGAUCAGGCGCCACGGACGACAUAUAACAACUUUCUCUGGGUUUUGUAACAUCGUCAUAUUGUGAAGAUGACUUCAAAAACAGCGGAGAGAGUAAACGGCAGUUUCAACAGUUUUGGGAGCACCUGGAAGCAGAAUACAAACUGUAGAACAUGUAAUUCACAACCAUUUGUGAAACCCGAGUUUUGCAUACACAAGAGCACAAAGUUGCAGGAGCGACUCAGGGAAAAAUUCUUUAGGUUAUUUCCCUGGGCAAAGGCUGGAAAAGAGCCAAAGGAAUUUUGCCUGGAUGAGUCGAGACUGAUCCUCACAGUACUUGCUGCUGAACUGGACAGAAUAAUGCAGACGGGAAAACACUCGCUGUCGGCCAAAAUAACAGAAGAGAGGUUUUGUUCAGAGGAGCGGCAAGCGUUCAUUCUACAGUGGGCUGAUGACGUGCGGUUAGCUAACACCCAAGAGACGGGUGGAGGAAUGUGCUGCCCAACCAACAGAUACCUGAUGGAGGAAAAGAUGAAAGAUGCCGAUCAGAUAACAGAUACAGAACAGAGGCUGACGGAGGCCAGAAUGGUGUUGAAUGCGUGGGCCUUGUCACUGAAAGACAGACAACAGGUUUCAGUUUGUCUCGAUGAGGAUGUGUGUGGGGUGCUGCAGGAUCUGCAGAAACAGUGGAAGAAAGGCAAACUGGCCAACAUGCUCCCUGUCAUGGACUUCAUCAUCUGGAACCUCCUUCAAGAUACACAAGAGUGUUCAGCUGCAGAGCAGUGGCACAGAAGUAGACAAUAUUUCAGAAGGCGAGUGGCUCAAACCUCCCUUCCAGAGUCAAUUUGGAAAUGGAUCAUAAAAGCAGCAGCUGACAUCAGACUGGAUCCCUCAACAGCCAACCCCAAUUUGGAGUUGUCUGCAGACAGGAAAUCGGUGAAAAUGUGCCAGAUCAUUGAGGCUAUCAAUAACCCUUUUGAUGGAUUCUGCAGAACAAAAAGUCAGUUUGAUAGCUGGUGGUGUGUACUCGGAGCAGAGGGGUAUGAUUCAGGGAGGCACUACUGGGAGGUUGAUGUCAGUGGGAAGACAGAAUGGAGGAUAGGAGUCAUGACAGGGUCCGCACCUCGAAAUGGUUUUUUAAACCUAAACACCACCAUAGGUUACUGGACUCUGCGUCUGCAGCUGGGGCAGCUCAUGGCCACCACGUCGCCGAUCACCAAGCUGAACAGACCUUCACCCAAUAGUCUGGGUGUAUUCCUAGACCUGGAGGAAGGACAAGUCUCUUUCUAUGAUGCAGGGAAAAGGUGUCACAUUUACACAUUUGACAUCAGCUAUGAUCACAAAGAGAAGAUUUUUCCUGUGUUUGGCACAAUUGAGACAGACAAAGAGUUAAAAAUAGUGAUUUAACUGUUGUACACUUCAUGUUGACAAGUCAUGUUGUCAGCAUCGGUUGUACAGUGUAGUUAUGCUUCUCCUCAAUAUAAUCUUCUUUGUAAUAUUUGUUGUGAGAUUUCUUUCUCUUCAGGAAUCUCAUUGGAUACAUUUUGAGUCCAUAGUGUUGCUUUCGAAACUCAAAACUAGUUGGGUGAGCAAUGAUGUGGAUCAUGUGAGCGCAAGUGUGAUUAUUAUUGUGAUCGUAGCACAAUGCCAACGUAUGAGGAGUAACAUGAGGACGUCUCUGUAGUGCGAUACAGCACAGCAAACAAUGAGGAGGUAUGCUGUCAGUAUCUGCUGAAUGCAAGUAUGUUUACUAUGAGGAAAAGAUAGCAAAACCAUACUCUGCAAGAAUGCCUGAGUAGAUGCAUGACUUUUAGCUAUGCAACCACAGACAUGGGUGGAAUCUGCCGAGACUAUAAUUAAGACCAGAACUGACUUCUUGUAAAGCGUCAAUAUUUCAUUUUCUCUUUGAUCUCUGACUACACUGAUGAAAACUGUUACGUGUUAUUGCUAAGUGUCUUCUGCACAUUAACAACUCAUGAAAAAUGAAGAAUUGAU